GCGCCGCGCCGCGGGCACCGGGCCGCUGCCGCCGCCGCCGCCAUGCAGCGGUUCGUGGAGGGGCGUCGCGCCGCCCUGCAGGAGCACACCGAGCAUCAGCAGGAGGUCCACGUGGUGAUGGGCAACGAGGCCUGCGAUCUGGACUCCACCGUGUCUGCUCUGGCCCUGGCGUAUUUCUUGGCUAAGACCUCCCCGACGUCCAAAGCCGCUUUCGUCCCCGUGCUCAACAUCCCGCGCUCGGACUUCCCUCUCCGCCCGGAUAUAGCGGUCCUGCUGCGGCAGCAGGGCAUCCCGGAUGCCUCCCUCGUCUUCCGCGAUGAGAUCGACCUGGCCGGGCUGCACCGGGCCGGGCUGCUCUCCUUGACGCUGGUCGACCACCACAUCCUGCCCAGGGCUGACGCGUCGCUGGAGGAGGCUGUGGUGGAGGUCCUUGACCACCGGCCGCUGGAGCAGGACUGGGCUCUGCGCUGCUGGGUCACGGUGGAGCUGGUGGGCUCCUGUGCCACGCUGGUGACGGAGCGGAUCGUCCAGGGCCCACCGGGGGUGCUGGAUGGACUGACAGCUGCGCUGCUGCAUGGCACCAUCCUGCUGGACUGCGUGAACCUCAGCCCCGCGGGCGGCAAAGUAACACCCCGGGACACGGCGUGCGUCACCCUGCUCGAGUCCAGGUUCCCCGAGCUGCCGGCCCGUGACGUCGUCUUCGAAGCUUUGCAAGCGGCCAAGUUCGACGUCUCAGGCCUCACGACGGAGCAGAUGCUACGGAAGGACCUCAAAGUCCUCUCCAGCGAUGAGCUGGCCCUUGGCAUCAGUGGGAUCUAUGUGAACUUGGAGGUCUUCUUGCGCCGGCCUGGCUUGCUGCAGGACCUGGAGGCUUUCUGCCAGGCCCGCGGCUUCCUGGGGCUCCUGGCCAUGACGGUCUCUUUUAACAACCGGAACGAGCCCUUUCGGCAGCUCGCGGUGUACAGCCAGCGCGAGGCCGUCCGGAGCGCGAUGUGCCGGGCGCUGGAGGAGGCCACGACGCCGUCCUUGCACCUCCAAGCCUUUCCCAGCCCCUGGCCCUGCAUCAGCGCCUACACCCAGGGCAACACGCUGGCGUCGCGGAAGAAGGUCCUGCCCAUCCUCCGGACCGUCCUCGGGGCGCCGCUGGGGCCGCCGGCGGCGGCGGAGGAGGACGUGGCUCUGCCGCCCACCCCCGUGAACAGCCUGGUGGACGAGUGUCCCCUGGCCCAGGCCGUGCCCCCGCUCUGCCCCCAGGCAGUGUUCGAGUGGGUCAGCCGCAUCGCCGCCGGGCAGCCCCCCGCUUCCCCGGCCCCCGGCAGCCCCCCGAAAUGACCGGGGCUGCACCCCCCCCCCCAAACCCUGCUUCCCUGCACGAGGUGCCUUUCGGGGCACUUGCGAGGGCUCUCGGUACGCACAGGUUGCCCUUGGGGCUCGGCUCUAACCCCCCCCCCCUCCUUAAUUAACCCCCUUCGUUCCAGCUGGGGUUUCCAGGCCGGAGCUGUUUAUUUGUGGCGAUUUCGCCUCCCGACGGGUUCACGCGCGCGGCGGGUUUCUCGGGUGGCCGCCGCCGGGGAGCGGGGAGCAGCGGCCGGGUGGACCACGAAGGCGUUUGGGGGAUUUUAACCGUUUCUUGCCCGCUCGAGGGGGCGAUGGGGAGCACGGCCGUCCGGGCCGUCCGCGCGCGCGGCCCAAGAGGCGCAGUUCGGGACUGUUUUUUCGGAGUAGUUUGAGGAUUAAAUUUCCUUCUUUUCCUCCGC